GGCUUCAUAAGCAUGUGCGCCGAGUUGGCGGAUACUCACUUUCGCUGAGCAGUGGUGAAGCUACAUACCUGGAGCGGCAGUAUGGAAAAUAAUGAACCUCUGGGAAUGUCCUCCCUCUCUAAAGGGAUUGCCGAUAUCUUUGCUGAAGAAUCCGAAAACGACAAAACAUUUCAUGGCUUCUCAGACAGUGAAAUUGGUGAAUUUUGUGAUGUUAAGGUCAAGGUUUUGGAGAAGGUGGUCUUCAAGCAAGGCUCUGACAGUGAUGAGCCAGACUCCGAGAGGUUCUCUCCCAAGAAACCCCCCGGUCAGCGUUUCACCCUGAGGGUGGCCUUGCGCCCACGUGGACCCUCUCCUCCCAAUCAUGAAGUGGAGGAGGAAGAGGAGUGGGAGGCCAAGAAAAGAGGAAGGUGUAGGAUCAAGCCUUUGAAGCCUGUGAAGACUGAAAAAAGUGUCACAUUUGAGGUGAAGGAGGAGAAACCUGUUGUCCAGCAGCCAAAAUCUCCCCAUUCAUCUGAAUCUGAAUCUGAAUCAGAGGGCACCUCUUUCCUCGAGAAAAGAGCUAAGAACAUAAAAGCAAACAAAGCAAUGUUGGCCCAGCUGUUUGCAGAUUUACAAAAGAUGCCUGGAGAGCUUCUGAAAGCUAAACCGAACCGCAAGAAGGAACCCCGUUCUCGGGCUCCUCGCUCCUCCACGGCUGGGACCCUGGAGCGGCGGAACCCAGAACGCACCUCCCGCCGGCAGACCCGCUCUAUGGGUGGACCCACGGAAGUCACAGAGUCUGAGGAAGGCCUGGAGCGGAGUCUAGAAGAGGAGCUAAUCAAGGUGCGGGGCACCCCACGCGCUAGAGGUACCCCACGACCCAGCCAGGGCAAACCUCAUGUCAUUCGCAGAGUGGAAGAGAUCACCGAAGAUGAGCUUGAGCUUGUGGCAACCAGCUUGACCGAGAAGAUCUAUAACCGCGAGACGGGUAGCACGUGUCAUCAGUGCCGACAGAAAACUGUGGACACAAAAACGUGCUGUCGCAGCGAGGACUGCCGUGGAAUCCAGGGACAGUUCUGCGGCCCAUGUCUUCGUAACCGCUAUGGAGAGGAUAUCCGCACUGCUCUGCUUGACCCGGAAUGGAAGUGUCCACCGUGUCGUGGCAUUUGUAACUGCAGCUUCUGUCGUCAGCGAGAUGGGCGCUGCCCCACUGGCAUUCUGUUUCCACUGGCACAGUACCACGGUUUCUCCGAUGUGCACUCGUAUCUCACCAGCCUUCGUAACAAAAUAAAGGCUGGAGAAGACUCUGCUGAUGAUGUGUAGGGAGUCUGCCACUGACCACCAGAGGGUGCCCUUAUUCAGUGCACAUUUUACAGUAGGAAACUGUUCCACAAGUAACCUUAAACCAGUCACUUCAUGUUGAUGUUGGCAGGUUGUUGAAGUGUUUUAACCAGUAAUGGUAUUUUUGUUUUUGUGUUUUGAAAUAAACUAUUUGAAUUCUCAA